UAUUAUCCAUUUUCCUUUCUAUUUCUUCUUCUCUAACUAAAAUUACAAGCCCAAAACAUCUCUCUCCCUCUUUCCUGAAAUUUCUAAUGCAGCAGCACUGAUCUCUAACAAUUUUCCCUCCCUAAUGGCUGACCACUUGGCCAAACUCCACCAAUCUCUCUGCGAAGAGAAACUCUCUUCCAGCGAUCUCUUUCUCAGACUUCGCUCUGAUAAUUCAAUCAAGCAAGGCCUCCAGCUCUUUUAUCUGAUCAUAAAACGAAGCGUUUCCACGAUCGAAGCUGCUGAUGGUGAUCAUGAUUCUAGUACAAAUAAGAACUACAAGUUAGGGUUCGAAUCAUGGACUGAUUCGCAGAUUCAAUCUCUCAUUUCUCUCGGUCUAGCCAUUGUUUCUGCUUCCAGAUCUCUAUCGGUGGAGCAAACGGAGCCCGUAGUUGUUGCUGUGGUGGAGCAGUUGUUGGAGUUUGCAGUUUGUUAUUUGGAGAAGUCAGAGCUUACCAGUGAUGACUUGAGCACGCAGGGUAAUGUGCUACUACUUAUGGAGUUGGCAUUGGUUGAUGGAAUUGAUAAAGUAUCUGUUCCAUCUCAAUCUUCCUCUGUAGAUAGCCUUCUAGAACUGUUGCCAAAGGCUUCAGAUGAUUCUUGUAGUACCGAGUUGGAAUGCCACAUGAAAUGUGGUCUUCAAGGUGCAGAUUGUUCAAAGGGAGAGAAACCAGUGGAUCAACUACAGAUUACAUUAGCAUCAGAAUGCAUUCAGCCUGAGUGGCAGGCUCUUGGAUUCAGUGGUCCCAACCAAGAUUUGAACAAUUUGAUUUUUCUGAUUCAGCACUGGGCUGUUGUCCAUGUGGAUUGUGUUCGUCGUCUAAUAUUAUGCUUCAAAGAGCUACUUGACUUGUCAUCUUUGUAUGAUGGGAAAAUGGCAGGUCCAGAUUUUUGCUGGAGGUUUUCAUUUGGUUUGAGGAUUUUGAAGUUACUCAGGAAUCUGAUGAAGGAUUUUCCAUAUGUUGGGUAUGAUGUCUCAUUGUUACAAGAAGUUGCUUUGUGUGCUGGUGUGUUAGUAGGCUUGUUUAGGAUUGGCUUCGAUUUUGCAAAUAACCAUGCUUCUAUUGAGGGUAGUUCAGAGAGUCUUAUAUUGUCACUGUUGGAAGAGUUUCUUCUUCUUGUCCAAGUUGUUUUCUGCAACAGCAAUGUAUUUCAGAAUAUACAAGCAUGUAUAGUUGCUUCAGUAUUAGACAACUUGGACUCUUCUCUUUGGAGGUACAACAAGUCUGCUGCUAACGUCAAGCCUCCACUGGUAUAUUUCCCUCAGUCUGUUCUUUACAUCUUGAAACUCAUUCAGGAUCUCAAGAAGCCAACAUACCGGUCUCUUGAUUUGAAGGGCUUUGAUACAGAUAUUAUUGGCAGCUCUACUGAUUUGCUGAACGAUUACCCAUCAUGCGUUGUACAUUCUGAGAAGGUUCCCUUGCUUAAAAGGUUUAAAAUUGAGGACUUAUUGAAAAUUAUAUUUGCCCCUUCAACUCAGUGGAUGGACAAUCUGAUGCAUCUUAUUUUUUUCCUUCACUAUGAAGGGGUAAAAUUAAGGCCAAAUGUGGAGAGAUCACAUUCUAGUUGUUCAAAAACUAAUUUCCCUCCAGAGGUGGAAAAUGCAGUUUUCCAUGAGGAUGAUGCCCUCUUUGGCAACCUGUUCUCUGAAGGUGGUCGAUCAGUGGGAUCUAGUGAUGGAUGUGAGCAGCCGCCAGUUAUUGUCAAUUCUUGUUCGAGCAAUUGCAACAUGCCAAUGCAAGCUGCCACUGAAUUAUUGAAUUUUCUGAAAGAAUGUGUCUUCUCUCAUGAUUGGUCUCCUUCUCUCUACGAGGAUGGCUGCAAAAGGCUGAAGGAGAACCAUAUUGAUAUAUUGCUUUCUAUACUUAAUUCUCAGGGAUGCUAUUCAGAAGAUAAGUCUUCUGAUAGCUUUGCUAUUUCACAUGAUGAGGGAAAGAUUGGGCCUGGCCAUGAGCUUUGCUUUGAGCUGUUGCACAACCUUCUUACUGGCCAUGCUUUAUCUGAUAGCCUUGAAGAGUACCUUGUUGAGCAAAUUCUGAAUGUUGAAAAUGAUUCUUUUGUUUACAAUCAUCAGACUCUAACCUUGCUAUCUCGCACUCUUUUUUCAAGGUCGGGUUUGUCUGGUAGCCGGUUGAGAGAAAAAUUGUAUGAAGGAUUUGUUGGUUUCAUUGUUGACAAGGCAAAGGCUGUUUUCUCAAAGUGUCCUACAGUUAGAGAAUUUGUGGGCACACUUCCAUCAUUGUUUCACAUAGAGAUUCUUCUUAUGGCGUUCCAUUUAUCAUCAGAUGGAGAGAAGGCAAAACUAGCAAACUUAAUAUUUUCUUCCCUCCGGACAAUUUUUGUCCCAUCUGCUGGUUCUUCUACUGCACAAUUAUCAUGUUGGGCUUUACUAGUCUCAAGAUUGAUCUUACUACUUCGCCAUAUGAUGUUUUAUCCACAUAGUUAUCCUUCAUUUCUGUUUCUAGAUUUGAGGUCGAAGUUCAGGGAAGCUCCGAUUUCUGGUUCGAAUGUUGUAAAUGAUCAGAUGUUAUCUUGGGCAUCUAUUGCUGUAAAAAAUGUGUUUGGUGCAUGGAUUGAAACAGAGCCUUCUAUUAGUGCAUUGAUUAAUCAACUAAUUGACAUUUCAGCUCUUCCUCCCUCCCUUUUCAGAGAUGAAUUGGCCAUUGAAUCCUUGGGCCUGAGUUGGAAUGAUAUUUGCGAAACCUUUACAUGGAUUCUGGGGUUCUGGAAAGGUAAGAAAGCUACAGCAGUAGAAGACCUUAUAGUUGAAAGAUAUAUAUUCUUGCUUUGUUUGGAUGUUCCUAGCAUGCACUCUACACUGAACCAUCAGUCCCUGGACAUAUCUAAUAUGAUAUAUUUUUUUCACAUCAGCCACUUACUUGUAGCCCACUGUGAUGAUAUUGAUAAGGCGACGAACCUUCGAGAUUCUAUGAUUCAUGUGCUACAGCAGUUGUCUUCUCCUGCGAUGUCAGAAGAUGUUCAGGAAUUUGGCUGGGAUUUCUUGAGGAGUGGAUUUUGGUUGUCUUUGGUGCUUUCCAUAUUUAAAGUUGGCAUCUCACAGUACUGCAUUAAGAAAAGAGUCCCUGGAGUGAGUCCAUACAGGAUUGACAGCACAGCUAGGGACAACAUAUACAUCACAGUUGCACAAGACAUGAUUUCGAGCUUAAUUGAGGCUGGUCAAAUUUCAUUACUGUUGAAGAUGCUAUCAUCCUUGUUGAACAGGUACUCCUUGGCAUAUCAAAAGGCUUUCCUUGCUACCGUUGAUGGAGGCCAGUAUAAUGCUAAAAGGUUUUCACCUCUAUUACUUCUAAAGCACUCCAGUUUUGACAAAUCCCUCAAGGAUGAGUUCCUCAAGAAAAGUGGCGUCGGUUCUUACCACAUGGAGUCUCUUCCUGACCUAUUAUCAAAUUGGGAUGCUAUGGUUGAGAAAAGGGCUCCUAGUGUUCUACGUAAAAUGUUCUGGGAAUGUAUGUUGCAUGGUUUUCCCUCUCAUCUUGAAACUCCAAGUGCAAUCCUUCUGUCUUGUAUUCUUAGCAUAAGACAGGUAAUUUUUGUUCUGGAUAGCUUAUUCAAACUAGGUGAUAUGAGAGAAAAUAUUUUCUGGGAGAAAGAGGUACUUUGCCAGAUUCUGAAUUCAGUGAUGAUCAUCAAAUUUGAUCGAAUCUUUGAAAGUAUUCACGGAGAAUGUGAAUCUAUUGUUAGAAACUUGAGUGCUGAGUUUGAACUGUCAGAUUAUACUGAACUAUUUCUGCUAAAACACAUGGAAGGGUUUUUAAGACAAAUCAAUGCCAGUGAAGAUCGUGAUAGCAGUAUGCUUGAAUGGGUAAUCACAAAGACCAUUGAUACUGCAGAUAACCUCAGAAAAGAUCCAUCGAAAUCUGCAAUAUUCAAAUUUUAUCUUGGCGCAGAAGAUGUAUCUGAACCUGUCAAGGACUUCUGUGGGUUGCAACGUGGUGAUUUGUUAGUUCUAAUUGGUUCUCUGAAUAAUUGUUCCUCUGAGCUGGUCAAUGGAAAGGUGCUAAAUUUCUUGGUUGAUCUCUUAUCAGGAGAAUUUUCUGCAUAUAUCAGAAAGAAGAUACAGGAAAGUUUUUUUGAAAUGGAUACACUUAGCCUGUCUAGAUGGUUGGAGAAACGGCUUUUAGGUUGUGUAGUGGAGGCUUCAAGUGGGGCCAGCGAUGCCAAGGUUAAUUCUGUCUCUCUCAGAGAAACAACUAUGAGUUUUGUUUUGUCUCUUGUAUCCUCACCUUUUGAGUUGCAAUCAACAGAGCUAAACCAUCAUUUGUUUGAAGCUGUGCUUGCUUCACUUGAAACUGCAUUUUUGCAAUUUGAUGUUCAUAUUGCCAAGUCAUACUUCCAUUUUGUUGUUCAACUUUCUAGAGGGGAACAUUUAAUUAAGUUGCUUCUGACAAGGACUGUGAUGUUGAUGGAAAAGCUGGCUGGGGAUGAGCGUCUGCUUCCAGGUCUGAAAUUUCUCUUCGGUUUUCUUGGAAAUGUCUCCAGUGAUUGCGGGUCCUAUAAGAACACUUUGGACAAGUUCUCAGGGAAGUCUUUAUCUGGCAGUUGUUUUGGCUCAGGUGCUGUUCCUCUAAAGCCAAUAGGGUCGAGGAAGAGUUCUGACCCUGUGGUUCUUUCUGCUAAUCAAGAAGGGAGAUCCACAGCACUUGAAUGUGAUGCUACAUCUGUGGAUGAAGAUGAGGAUGAUGGAACAUCUGAUGGUGAGGUAGCUAGCAUGGAUAAGGAUGAGGAGGAAGAUACCAAUAGUGAAAGGGCCCUUGCCUCAAAAGUUUGCACAUUUACAUCCAGUGGAAGCAAUUUUAUGGAACAACAUUGGUACUUUUGUUAUACUUGUGAUCUGACAGUAUCAAAAGGUUGUUGUUCUGUGUGUGCAAAAGUUUGUCAUCGGGGUCACCGUGUUGUUUAUUCUCGGUCAAGUCGUUUUUUUUGUGACUGUGGAGCUGGUGGUGUUAGAGGAAGCAAUUGCCAAUGCUUGAAGCCUCGAAAAUUCACUGGAAGUGACACUACAUCCACGCGUAGUGCUAAUAAUUUCCCGUCCUUUUUGCAGUUCACAGAGGAUGCAGAUCAGUUGCCUCAGAGUGAUUCUGAUCAGGAUGAGGAUUUGUGUUCAGAUAUAGAUAACUCACCUAGGUUAUUGAUUCCGAGAGAGCUUCAAGAUGGGGUCACAUUAUUGCUUAAAGAACUUGAUGUAGAGGGUCAGGUGCUUCAGCUUUGCUCUUCACUGCUGCCUUCCAUAACGAGCAAAAGAGAAUCUAAUCUUUCCAAAGAUAAGAAAAUAAACCUGGGCAAGGACAAGGUGCUUUCUUAUGGUGUUGAGCUAUUACAGUUGAAGAAGGCAUAUAAAGGUGGGUCGUUGGACCUGAAAAUAAAGGCUGACUAUCCAAAUGCCAAGGAGCUUAGAUCACAUUUGGCUACUGGUUCUCUUGUCAAAUCUUUGCUCAGUGUCAGUAAUCGAGGUCGACUAGCUGUUGGAGAAGGAGACAAAGUCGCUAUAUUUGAUGUUGGGCAAUUAAUUGGACAAGCCACCAUAGCACCAGUAACAGCAGACAAGACUAAUGUUAAGCCUCUCUCAAGAAAUGUUGUUCGCUUUGAGAUUGUACAUCUUGCUUUCAAUUCAGUCAUUGAGAAUUAUCUUGCCAUAGCAGGGUAUGAAGAUUGUCAGGUCCUUACUUUAAAUCCCCGUGGUGAAGUGACUGAUCGUCUUGCCAUUGAACUUGCUCUGGAAGGUGCAUACAUAAGACGGAUUGAUUGGGUUCCAGGUUCUCAGGUUAAGUUAAUGGUUGUGACAAACAGGUUUAUCAAGAUAUACGACCUAUCGCAGGACAACAUCAGCCCUCUGCACUACUUCACAUUGCAGGAAGACACAAUUGUUGAUGCAACACUUCUUAUGGCUUCCCAGGGUAGAAUGUUUCUUCUUGUUCUUUCUGAGCAAGGGAGCUUGUUCAGGUUAGAAUUGUCUGUGGAGGGUAAUGUUGGGGCCACCCCAUUGAAGGAAAUUAUUCAGAUUCAGGACAGAGAAAUCAAUGCAAAGGGCUCAUCUUUGUAUUUCUCCUCCACGUACAAAUUACUUUUCAUAUCCUAUCAGGAUGGCACUACUUUGAUGGGUCGACUAAGUCCUGAGGCAACAUCUCUAACUGAGAUGUCUUUUGUAUAUGAGGAGGAACAAGAUGGCAAGAUGCGGUCAGCAGGUCUGCAUCGAUGGAGAGAGUUGCUUAUGGGCAGUGGAUUGUUUGUUUGCUUCUCCAGUGUCAAAUCAAAUGCUGCACUUGCUGUUUCCAUGGGGCCUCAAGAACUACAGGCACAGUGCAUGAAGCAUGCUGUAAGCUCGACUUCGCAUUUAGUUGGGUUAACUGCUUACAAGCCUCUGUCCAAAGACAAGGUCCACUGUCUUUUUUUAUAUGAUGAUGGGAGCCUCCAGAUAUACUCACAUGUUCCUACUGGAUCUGAUGCUUGUGCAAGUUUGGCUGCUGAGAAAGUUAAAAAACUGGGUUCUGGCAUCCUCAGUAAUAAAGCUUACGCCGGAAUAAAACCGGAAUUCCCACUUGAUUUCUUUGAGAAAACUGUUUGCAUCACUGCAGAUGUGAAACUGGGCGGUGAUGCCAUCAGAAAUGGCGAUUCUGAAGCUGCAAAACAGAGCUUGGCAUUAGAAGAUGGCUUUUUAGAAAGCCCUAGCCCUUCAGGCUUCAAGAUAUCUAUCUCCAACUCCAAUCCUGAUACUGUCAUGGUUGGUUUUCGUGUGCAUGUGGGUAACACAUCCGCAAACCAUAUACCUACUGAUAUUACCAUUUUCCAGAGGGUGAUUAAGUUAGAUGAGGGCAUGCGUUCCUGGUACGAUAUUCCAUUUACUGUAGCUGAAUCACUCCUUGCUGAUGAAGAAUUUGUUAUCUCUGUGGGGCCUACAUUCAAUGGCACUGCACUGCCCAGAAUUGACUGUCUUGAAGUAUAUGGUCGAGCUAAAGAUGAAUUUGGAUGGAAGGAGAAGAUGGAUGCAAUUUUGGAUAUGGAAGCUCGUGUGCUUGGUUCCAAUUCAUUGCUUGGAGGUUCUGGGAAAAAGUGCCAAUCAGUGCAGGCUGAUAUUCAGGAGCAGGUAGUAGCAGAUGGUCUCAAGCUUCUAUCCAGGUUAUAUUCAUUGUGCAGGACCCAGGAAGAUGACGUAAAGAUGGAGCCAAGUGAACUGAAGUGUAAACCACUUUUCGAAACAAUAUUUGAAAGUGACAGAGAGCCCUUGUUACAGGCUGCUGCUAGCCGUGUCUUGCAGUCUGUUUUCCCCAAGAAAGAUAGAUAUUACCAGGUUAAAGAUACUUUGCGACUUCACGGAGUGGUGAAAUCAACCUCUAUGUUAUCUUCAAGGCUAGGAGCUGGUGGAACUACAGGAGGGUGGAUGGUUGAAGAGUUUACUGCUCAGAUGCGUGCCGUGUCUAAGAUUGCAUUGCACCGCCGUUCUAAUUUAGCGAUUUUCCUGGAGACAAAUGGUUCAGGUGUGGUGGAUGGACUCAUGCAAGUUCUAUGGGGAAUUUUGGAGUUUGAGCAGCCUGACACCCAAACUAUGAACAAUAUUGUUAUAUCCUCUGUGGAGCUUAUUUAUUGUUAUGCUGAAUGCCUGGCUUUACAUGGGAAGGACACAGCAGGAUGCUCUGUUGCUCCUGCUGUUGUAUUAUUAAAGAAACUUCUUUUCUCUCGCAAUGAGGCUGUUCAAACUUCCAGCAGCCUUGCUAUAUCCUCAAGAUUGCUCCAGGUUCCAUUCCCGAAGCAGACAAUGCUAGCAACAGAUGAUGCUGUGGAUGCUGCUGUUUCUUCUUCCGGGCCUUCUGAGGCAGCUGGUGGAAAUACACAGGUCAUGAUUGAAGAAGAUUCAAUCACAUCCUCUGUUCAAUAUUGUUGUGAUGGAUGCUCCACUGUUCCUAUACUCAGGCGAAGGUGGCAUUGUACUAUUUGUCCUGAUUUUGACUUAUGUGAGGCUUGCUAUCAAGUUUUAGAUGCCGAUCGGCUUCCUCCACCCCAUUCUAGAGAUCAUCCCAUGACAGCUAUUCCAAUUGAGGUGGAAUCAUUAGGAGGAGAAGGCAAUGAAAUGCACUUCUCCACUGACGAUGGAAAUGAUUCGAACUUGAUGCCUAUCGCAGCAGAUGUUAGCAUGCAGAACUCUGCUCCUUCAAUUCAUGUCCUGGAGCCCAAUGAAUCUGGAGAGUUUUCUGCCUCGGUGACUGAUACUGUCUCUAUUUCUGCUUCAAAACGAGCUGUGAAUUCACUGCUUCUCUUAGAACUUCUUGAACAGCUGAAAGGAUGGAUGGGAACAACCUCUGGUGUUCGUGCCAUCCCUAUCAUGCAAUUGUUGUAUAGACUGUCCUCUGCAGUGGGCGGACCUUUUAUAGACAGCUCCAAGCCUGAGGCCUUGGACUUGGAGAAACUGAUCCGGUGGUUUUUGGAUGAGAUUGAUCUUAAUAAACCUUUUGUAGCCAAAGCUCGCUCUUCUUUUGGGGAAGUUGCUAUCCUUGUUUUUAUGUUUUUCACUUUGAUGCUUCGAAAUUGGCACCAGCCUGGCAGUGAUGGUUCUAUUCCUAAAUCAAGUGGAAACGCAGACUCACAUGAUAAGAACACUAUUCAGGUCACUUCAGUUGCUUCUCAGUUUUCUUCAGAUGGUCAAGAGAAAAAUGACUUUACGUCCCAGCUGCUUCGAGCAUGCAAUUAUCUUAGGAACCAAGCUUUUGUUAACUACCUGAUGGAUAUUCUGCAGCAGCUUGUCAAUGUUUUCAAGUCCCCUACUGCUAAUAUUGAAAACACACAUGGUUUGAGUUCUGGUUCUGGAUGUGGAGCUCUAUUAACAGUUAGGAGAGAUUUACCUGCGGGUAAUUUCUCUCCGUUUUUUUCAGAUUCGUAUGCAAAAGCCCAUCGAACUGAUAUUUUUUUGGACUAUCAUAGGCUAUUAUUGGAGAAUGCUUUUCGACUAGUCUAUACUUUGGUUAGACCAGAAAAGCAAGACAAGACUGGGGAGAAAGAAAAGGUCUACAAGAUAUCCUCUGGUAAGGAUUUGAAAUUAGACGGAUAUCAGGAUGUCCUCUGCAGUUACAUCAAUAAUCCUCAGACAACAUUUGUAAGAAGAUAUGCGAGGAGACUUUUUCUGCAUGUUUGUGGAAGUAAAACUCACUAUUAUAGUGUCCGAGAUUCGUGGCAGUUCUCUACUGAAAUGAAGAAACUUUACAAGCACAUAAAUAAAUCUGGUGGCCUUCAAAAUCCUGUUCCAUAUGAGAGAAGUGUGAAGAUAGUGAAGUGCUUGUCUACAAUGGCUGAGGUGGCUGCUGCACGGCCUAGAAAUUGGCAGAAAUACUGUUUGAGGCAUGGGGAUGUUUUACCAUUCCUGAUGAAUGGGGUAUUUUAUUUUGGUGAAGAAUCUGUGGUCCAGACUCUCAAACUUCUAAAUCUGGCUUUCUAUUCGGGAAAGGAUAUGACCCACUCCUUGCAAAAAGUUGAGGUGGGGGAUUCUGGAACAAGUUCAAACAAAUCAGGGGCACAAUCUCAGGAUUCAAAGAAGAAGAAGAAAGGUGAAGAUGGAUCUGAAUCUGGACUGGAGAAGUCUUAUUUGGAUAUGGAGGCAGCAGUAGAUAUAUUUACCGACAAUGGUGGUGAUGUUCUGAGGCAAUUUGUUGACUGCUUUUUACUGGAAUGGAAUUCUAGCUCUGUGCGCACAGAAGCUAAAUGUGUUCUUUAUGGGGCAUGGCAUCAUGGGAAGCUUUCAUUCAAGGAAACAUUGUUAGUGGCUUUCUUGCAGAAAGUGAAAAGCCUACCUAUGUAUGGUCAGAAUAUUGUUGAGUUCACUGAACUAGUCACUUGGUUACUGGGGAAAGUCCCAGAUAAUAGUUCAAAGCAGCAGAGCACUGAACUCGUGGAUCGUUGCUUGACCCCUGAUGUAAUUAGGUGCAUCUUUGAGACACUGCAUUCACAAAAUGAGCUUAUUGCUAAUCAUCCCAAUUCUCGUAUAUACAAUACUUUGAGUGGUCUUGUAGAGUUUGAUGGUUACUAUCUUGAGAGUGAACCUUGUGUUGCCUGCAGUUCUCCUGAGGUACCUUAUAGUAAGAUGAAGCUAGAAAGCCUGAAGUCUGAGACUAAGUUUACUGACAACCGCAUCCUUGUGAAAUGCACUGGAAGUUACACAAUCCAGACUGUGACUAUGAAUGUUCAUGAUGCACGCAAGUCUAAAUCUGUGAAAGUCUUAAACCUUUACUACAACAAUCGACCUGUAGCUGACUUAUCAGAGUUGAAAAAUAAUUGGUCCUUGUGGAAGCGUGCGAAGAGUUGCCAUCUUGCUUUCAAUCAAACAGAGCUAAAAGUGGAGUUUCCUAUUCCAAUCACUGCUUGUAACUUCAUGAUUGAGCUUGAUUCCUUCUAUGAAAAUCUUCAGGCUUUAUCUCUUGAACCGUUGCAAUGCCCACGGUGUAGUCGACCUGUCACUGAUAGGCAUGGAAUUUGCGGCAAUUGCCAUGAGAAUGCAUAUCAGUGCAGGCAAUGUCGCAACAUAAAUUACGAAAAUUUAGAUUCUUUUCUAUGCAAUGAGUGUGGGUACAGCAAAUAUGGCCGGUUUGAGUUCAACUUUAUGGCAAAGCCUAGUUUUACAUUUGAUAACAUGGAGAGUGAUGAUGAUAUGAAGAGAGGUCUGGCUGCCAUAGAAUCAGAAUCAGAAAAUGCACACAGGAGAUACCAGCAACUUUUGGGUUUUAAAAAGCCUCUUCUUAAGAUUGUAUCAAGCAUUGGUGAGAAUGAAAUGGAUUCACAACAGAAGGACUCAGUCCAGCAAAUGAUGGUUUCUCUCCCUGGACCUUCAUGUAAGAUAAAUCGUAAGAUUGCCCUUCUAGGUGUGUUAUAUGGUGAAAAGUGCAAAGCUGCCUUUGAUUCUGUCAGCAAAAGUGUUCAGACGCUGCAGGGCCUUCGUCGGGUUUUGAUGAGUUAUUUGCACCAGAAACAUUCAGAUGAUGCUAUUGCUGCAUCCAGAUUUGUGGUUUCCAGGUCUCCAAAUAAUUGCUAUGGCUGUGCAACCACAUUUGUGAUACAGUGUUUGGAGAUGUUACAGGUGCUGUCAAAGCAUCCAAAUUCAAAGAAACAACUCGUAGCAGCUGGCAUCUUAUCUGAGUUGUUUGAAAAUAACAUUCAUCAAGGUCCAAAAACAGCUCGUGUACAAGCUAGGGCAGUACUUUGUGCUUUCUCUGAAGGAGAUAUAAAUGCAGUAACUGAGUUGAACAGUUUAAUACAGAAGAAAGUCAUCUACUGCCUUGAGCAUCAUCGUUCCAUGGACAUUGCUGUUGCCACUCGGGAGGAGUUGUUACUGCUUUCAGAAGUUUGUUCCUUGGCUGAUGAGUUCUGGGAAUCUAGAUUACGUGUUGUUUUCCAGUUGUUAUUUUCAUCCAUUAAAUUGGGUGCCAAACAUCCUGCAAUAGCUGAGCAUAUUAUUCUCCCCUGUCUGAGAAUCAUAUCUCAGGCAUGUACUCCUCCAAAACCUGAUACAGUAGAUAAAGAUCAGGGUGUUGGCAAAUCUGCUCCUGUAAUGUUGCCAAAGGAUGAAAGCAACUCAGGACCAUUGAGUGGAGUUGUCAGUAGCAGCAAGCCAACAUCAGAACCCUUGGAAAAAAAUUGGGAUGCUUCUCAUAGGACUCAAGAUAUUCAAUUAUUGAGUUAUUCUGAGUGGGAGAAGGGAGCAUCAUACCUUGAUUUUGUUAGAAGGCAGUACAAAGUGUCCCAAGCAAUCAAAGGGGCUGGUCAGAGAUCUCGGCCUCAGAGAAAUGAAUACAUUGCUCUCAAAUAUGCUCUUAGAUGGAGGCGUCGUGCUUGUAAGACGUUUAAGGGUGAUUUGUCCACAUUUGAGCUGGGGUCCUGGGUGACAGAACUUGUUUUGAGUGCUUGCUCGCAGUCUAUCAGGUCAGAGAUGUGCAUGCUGAUUAGUUUACUUUGUGCCCAGAGUUCAUCAAGGCGGUUUCGGUUGUUAAACUUACUGAUGGCUUUGCUGCCUUCAACCCUUGCCGCUGGUGAAAGUGCAGCAGAAUACUUUGAAUUGCUGUUCAAGAUGAUAGAUUCAGAAGAUUCUCGUCUUUUUUUGACUGUGCAUGGAUGUCUAACUGCAAUCUGUAAACUGAUUACCCAAGAAGUGACUAACAUUGCGUCUCUAGAGAGGAGCUUGCAUAUUGACAUAUCACAGGGUUUCAUUCUUCACAAGCUUAUUGAACUCCUUGGCAAAUUUUUGGAGGUUCACAACAUCAGAGCCAGAUUUAUGCGAGACAAUUUGCUGUCGGAUAUCCUUGAGGCUCUUAUUGUCAUUCGUGGCUUAGUAGUACAAAAGACAAAGUUGAUCAGUGAUUGCAAUCGCCUUCUAAAUGAUCUUUUAGACAGUCUUCUGCUCGAAAGCAGUGAAAAUAAAAGACAAUUUAUCCGAGCCUGUAUUUGUGGUCUACAAAUCCAUGGGGAGGAGAGAAAAGGACGAACUUGUUUGUUUAUCUUAGAGCAGCUUUGCAAUUUAAUCUGCCCAUCAAAACCAGAAUCUGUAUAUUUAUUGGUUCUGAAUAAGGCACACACGCAGGAAGAAUUUAUUAGGGGAUCAAUGACUAAAAAUCCUUAUUCCAGUGCUGAGAUUGGUCCACUGAUGCGUGAUGUUAAGAAUAAAAUUUGCCAUCAAUUGGAUUUGCUAGGGCUUCUUGAAGAUGACUAUGGAAUGGAGUUGCUGGUAGCUGGGAAUAUCAUCUCUCUUGAUUUGAGCAUUGCUCAAGUUUAUGAGCAAGUCUGGAAGAAGUCAAAUACUCAAGCUUCAAAUGCAUUGGCUAAUUCUACAUUGUUAUCCUCAAGUGGCACAGCAUCAGCAAGAGAUUGCCCCCCUAUGACAGUGACAUACAGGCUUCAGGGAUUAGAUGGUGAAGCUACGGAGCCUAUGAUUAAAGAAUUGGAGGAAGACAGGGAGGAAUCACAAGAUCCAGAAGUUGAGUUUGCAAUUGCAGGAGCAGUUCGAGAGUAUGGUGGGCUUGAAAUUCUGUUAGGCAUGAUCCAGCGAUUGCGAGAUGAUUUCAAGUCCAACCAGGAGCAGUUGGUUGCAGUUCUUAAUCUCCUUAUGCAUUGCUGCAAGAUACGAGAGAAUAGAAGGGCCUUGUUAAGGCUCGGAGCUUUAGGUCUUCUUCUGGAAACGGCAAGGCGUGCCUUCUCUGUGGAUGCCAUGGAGCCAGCUGAAGGCAUUCUUUUGAUAGUUGAGAGCUUGACGUUGGAGGCAAAUGAGAGUCAUAAUAUUAGCAUCACACAGAGUGCUCUUACUGUCACUAGUGAGGAGACUGGUACAGGGGAACAGGCCAAAAAAAUCGUUCUCAUGUUCCUCGAAAGGUUGUGUCACCCUUCAGGCCUAAAAAAGUCCAACAAACAACAGAGGAACACUGAGAUGGUUGCAAGAAUCUUGCCUUAUCUGACAUAUGGUGAACCUGCUGCAAUGGAAGCACUCAUUCAGCACUUCAACCCAUACUUGCAAGAUUGGGGGGAAUUUGACCUGUUGCAGGAACAACAUCAAGCCAACCCCAAAGAUGAGAACAUUGCUCAGAAAGCAGCUGAGCAGAGGUUUACUGUGGAAAAUUUUGUUAGGGUAUCUGAAUCACUAAAGACAAGUUCCUGUGGAGAGCGAUUGAAGGACAUCAUUCUGGAGAAAGGUAUCACGGAUGUUGCCGUCAGACAUUUAAGAGAGAGUUUUGCAGUUGCAAGGCAGGCUGGGUUCAAAUCUAGAAAAGAAUGGGCAUCAGGUUUGAAACUGCCAUCUGUCCCAAAUAUAUUAUCUAUGCUGAGGGGAUUGUCAAUGGGGCACUUAGCCACGCAAAGGUGUAUUGACGAGGGAGGGAUCUUACCACUGCUCCAUGCUCUGGAAGGCGUCCCUGGAGAAAAUGAGAUUGGCGCUAGAGCUGAGAACUUACUAGACAUGCUAUCUAAUAAGGAGGGGAAAGGAGAUGGGUUCUUGGAGGAGAAAGUGCGUGAGUUGCGCCAUGCCACUAGAGAUGAAAUGAGGCGUCGUGCUCUGAGGAAGAGAGAGGAGUUGCUUCAGGUACUUGGAAUGCGACGAGAACUGGCUUCAGAUGGUGGUGAGAGAAUUGUUGUUGCUCGGCCAAUCCUGGAAGGUUUGGAAGAUGUAGAAGAGGAGGAAGAUGGGUUGGCAUGCAUGGUAUGCCGAGAGGGAUAUAGUUUGAGGCCUACUGACUUGCUGGGCGUUUACUCUUUCAGCAAGCGAGUGAAUCUGGGUGUUGGCACUUCAGGAAGUGCCCGUGGGGGUGCGGAGUGUGUUUACACCACAGUCAGUUAUUUCAAUAUCAUUCAUUUCCAAUGCCAUCAGGAAGCCAAAAGAGCAGAUGCUGCUCUGAGGAAUCCUAAAAAAGAGUGGGAGGGUGCUACCCUCAGAAACAAUGAAUCACUAUGCAAUUCCUUAUUCCCUGUUAGAGGUCCAUCUGUCCCAUUGGCUCAAUAUAUUCGCUAUGUGGACCAAUACUGGGAUAACCUCAAUGCUCUUGGACGUGCUGAUGGUAGCCGGCUCCGGCUCUUGACUUGGGACAUUGUUCUGAUGCUAGCUCGAUUUGCAACAGGGGCAUCAUUCAGUUUAGAAAGUAGAGGUGGUGGAAGGGAGAGCAACUCCCGCUUCCUACCUUUCAUGAUCCAAAUGGCUUGUCACCUUCUUGAACAGGGAAGCCCAACUCAACGUCGUAGCAUGGCCAAGACUGUAUCAUCAUAUAUAACUUCAUCCUCGUUGGAUUCUAAACCUUUGACUCCUGUAACACAGCCAGCUGCCGGAACUGAAGAAACUGUCCAAUUUAUGAUGGUGAAUUCACUUCUUUCAGAGUCCUACGAGUCAUGGUUGCAACACCGUCGUUCUUUCCUGCAGCGAGGAAUAUACCAUGCAUACAUGCAACACACUUAUGGCCGAUCAACGACUAGGGCAUCAUCCACUUCAACUGGCAUGGUUAGAAUAGAGUCAGGAAGUACCAGCAGAAGCCCUGCAACAGAAACUGGGGAUUCUGAUGAGCUAUUGUCUAUUGUUCGACCCAUGCUUGUUUAUACAGGUUUGAUUGAGCAGCUUCAGCACUUCUUCAAGGUCAAAAAAUCAUCAAAUGUGGCAUCUGUUAAAGCACAAGGAACUCCUAUGGGAUCAGAAGAGGAAGAUGAAAAUGGAAGUUUGGAACCUUGGGAAGUGAUAAUGAAGGAACGACUAUUAAAUGUGAAAGAAAUGGUGGGGUUCUCCAAGGAAUUGAUUUCAUGGCUUGAUGAGAUGAAUUCCGCAACUGAUUUGCAGGAAGCAUUUGAUAUUAUUGGCGUUCUGGCUGAUGUUUUACCUGGCGGGGUUGGGCGGUGCGAGGACUUUGUGCAAGCUGCGAUAAAUGCGGGGAAAAGUUGAGAGGAUUUUAGACCAAAGUCAGGAGCAUGGUAUUUGUUCUAGCGCAUUAUGCCAUUGGCUAGUCUCAGAAAUCACGUAACGUACUAUUACCAAUUUUGCUUUUUGUAUAUCCAAGUAAUAUAAUUGGGUUGUAUAUCCAAGUAACAUGUUGAACACAUUUUGCUCCUUGAUUAUGAAAUCAUUUUCCUCCGGAGAAUCCUCUUUAUUUUAAAA